AUGCAAACAUUUAUUGCGGAACAUCAGUCGGCUAUAUCUGAUCUUCAAAAAUUCGCGCAACAAAGUGAGCUUAAGAUGGGGAAAAUCGAAGAAACAAUUAAUGUAAUGAAGAAGAAACUUGACUUUUUGACUUUUAAAAACUCUGACUUGGAAUCUAGAAUGCGACGGCAGAAUUUACGAAUGAUCGGGGAGAUGAUGAAUUCUACUAACAAGUCUGUCAAGGUCAAAAUCGAGGAAAGGUCACAAGAGCAAUGUGAGACACAUCUAGCAAAAGAAAUGUCAACAAUUCAAACAAAACUGACAUCUGGACGUUACCGGGAACCUGGUGGUUUUCAGAAGCUGAAGAAGGAUCUUGAUAAUGCCCUCAAUGAGUAUAAAGAAAAGACUAAGAAUCAUACAAAGGGGUGUGCUGGCUUCACACUGUUCCAAGAAACACCUCGUCUAGACCAGGUACAGAAGCUGGAGAGCAAUAUGACAGAACAUAUCUCUGCUUUGGAAGAGGAGCUCUCAAGGCUGCAACGUGAGAAGGAGAAGAUGGAGCAGAAGAGGAAAACAUUUGAAGAAUGCAGAAAUAUUUCAGGACAGGACUGUCUGAUGUCGGUAACCAGGGACCCUGAUGCCAACAGACAGAAGAUGGAGAAACCCUUGCAGCUGGUUUGUAACAAGGAUGGGAAGCUGCAACUUAACCCAGAGGCUCUGAAGGUUCUCCAGUCCAUCGAGGAUCCAAUGGUUGUUGUGGCUAUGGUUGGUGCUGCUCGUACAGGGAAGUCCUACCUCAUGAACUGUCUCGCGGGAGACAAGAACGGAUUCUCAGUGGAUUUAACGGUCCAGUCUCAUACCAAAGGAAUCUGGAUGUGGUGUGGAUCCCUCCCUCAGAGACCCAAUGAGGUCCUCCUGUUGUUGGACAUCGAGGGUCUGGAAGAUCCUGAGAAGGGAGACAGCCAGAAUGAUAAUUCCAUCUACUCACUGGCUAUCCUUCUGAGCAGCGUCUUCAUUUACAAUGGUCAAAGAAAGAUAGACCAGCAAUCCCUGCAAGACCUACAUUUUGUGACUGAACUGUCCAAGUGGAUCCAGAUGAAGUCCCAGUCUGAUGCCUGUGACAGCUGGGAUUUUGUCCGUUUCUUCCCUGAAUUUGUCUGGGUGAUCCGUGAUUUGACACUGGAUAUGAACAUCAAUGGAAAAGAUGUGACUCCGAAUGAGUACCUGGAGCACAGUCUGAAACUGAAGGACAGUGAGAUCAGUGAGCAGGACAAGAAAUAUAAUGAGCUCCGCAGGUGUAUCCGCAAUCAUUUUCCCUCACGUUGCUGCUUUGCAUUUCCCAUUUCCACAUUCCAGAAGAAACCCAAGCAGCUCCAGGAACUGGAGGACAAGGAUCUGGAUGAGGAUUUUGUUACGGAGCGGCAGAAACUCAUCAAUUACAUUCAGACCCACAAGAAAUUCAAGAGUGUUGUUGGGGGUCUGCUGGUCACUGGCAGGAGAUUUGUUGAAUUAACAAAGGCGUAUGUGGGCAUGAUGGCGGAUGGGGUCCUACCGUGUGUGGAGAGCUGUGUCGCCGAAUUAGUGGAGGUGGAAAAUCAAGCAGCAGUAGAUGAAGCCCAGAAAUUCUUUGAUGGUGAAAUGAGAAUAAUCUCAAAAUCUGACAAUGUUACGAUGAACAAACUCAUAGAUUAUUACUAUAGGAAGAGCAAAGCGGCAUUCAGUAUCUUCCACAAAAGAUGUAUAAACAACAGUGGCAAACACUUCAAACAGCUGGAGGAAAUAAUGAGUUUAACUUACAAGUCUCUCGUAGCCAAGAUCAAGGAAAAGUCACAAGAGGAGUGUGAGACACAUCUAAAAGUAGUAAUGUCAUCAAUAAAAGAAAACCUGACAUCUGAACAUUACCUGAGUCCUGGUGGUUUCCAGGCGCUGAAGAAGGAUCUUGAUAAGGCCGUCAAGGAGUAUAAAGAAAAGACUAAGGAUGAAAUGGAGGGGUGUGCUGUCCUCACCCACUUCUUGGAAGAAGAGAAACCUCAUGUAGACCAGGUACAAAAAAUAGACAGCAGGCUGACAGAGGAACAAAAGCGUGUCUCUGCUUUGGAAGAGGAGCUCUCAAGGGCGAAAUGUGAGAGGGAGAAGAUGGAGCAGAAGAGGAAAGAACUUGAGGAAUCCAAGGAAAAGGAGAUCCUAGAGCAGAUCAAGAAGAGGUUUGAGGAGAGUAAAAUGUGCAGCGUGGAGGAGCUGAAAGAAGCCAUGGAACAUACGAAGAGUGAGAUGAAGAAAUACGAAGCUGAAGGCAGGAAGGAGGAUGCGGAAAGGGCUCGACAGAGGUACGAGUACCUGAAAAAGAAAUAUGAACAGUCAACAGAAUGGAGUUUCAUGAAAUUCAUAAGGGGAGUGCUGAGAUUAUUUCAGAUCAGGUAACUGUGGUGUGCGCUGUGGCAAAAUUGUAUCCCUAGCAGGAAGGCAGUUAAAAAAAUGUGUACAUUUAGAAAUGUGUCCACAGCACCAAUCCUGUGACAUUCCUAACAGCUUCCAACGACUCCCCUCCCCAGUCUGAUCAGUGAACUGGACCCUAAAUAUUGUCCACCACACACAUUCCACAUCCAAUCCACAGCCGGAUAUCAGAGACACACACUGAAACAUUUAAAAGGGGCCAGAUUCCAGCUGGUGAAUCUCAGAACCCCAGGGAUGUGACUGAGACAGUGUAAUAUGUCCCACUCACUCAAUCCCCUCACACGGCCGACGGACACUCUCACCCAUGACCGACUCUCCCCACUGACUAAAUCCCCUACCACAGUCCAUGGACACUCACCCCCACUCACUAAAUCCCCUCCCACACCCCACGGAAACUGUCCCCCAUCACUGACUCCUCCGCCCAUGAAAUCCCCUCCCACAGCCCAUGGACAUUCUCCCCUAUCACCGACUGUCCUCACCUACCGAACCCCCCCCCCACAGCCCAUGGACAAUCUCCCCUAUCACCGACUGUCCUCACCUACCGAACCCCCUCCCACAGCCCAUGGACAUUCUCCCCUAACAACAGGAAUUCUGCAGAUGCUGGAAAUUCAAGCAACACACAUCAAAGUUGCUGGUGAACGCAGCAGGCCAGGCAGCAUCUAUAGGAAGAAGCGCAGUCGACGUUUCAGGCCGAAACCCUUCUCCCAUUCUCCCCUAUCACUGACUGUCCUCACCUACUGAACCCCCUCCCACAGCCCAUGGACGCUCUGCCCAAUCACUCUCCCACCAUCCACUGAACAGACCCCCACAGCUCACGGACAAUCUCACCAAUUACCAAUUCCCCAACCCCCACCAAAUCACUUUGCACAUUCCAUGUAUGCUCUCUGUCAUCACCAACUCUUCCCCCCAACUCACUGAAUCCUCUCCCACAGCUGACAGACACAAUCUCCAAUAACAAGCUCUCCCCACCCACUGAACUACUCCACAAUCUCACAGACUGUCUCCCUCAUCACCAACUCCCCUACCUACUGAAUCCCCUCACACAGCCCACAGACUCUUCCCAAUUACCAACUCUCCCCAUCCACUGAAUCCUCUACUGCAGCUCACAGACACUCUCCCCACCCAUUAAAUUCCCUCCCACAGCCCGUCUACUUUCUCCCCUGCCACCGACUUCCCCCACCCCAACCACUGAAUUCCGUCCCACAGCCCAUGGACAUAAAGUUAGCUCAUGUCUAGUUCUUAUCCACGUUUUUACAAUCCUCUCAUAUACCUGUCCAUACUGUACCACAAUUACCUGAACUAUCAAUUAUAAGGAGCUCUGUUUAUCCUUGGGCAAUUCAUCAAACUCUCCUUGGCACAGAAUGUCAGCUCUCACAAUGUCCUCAUCUGCUGGUUCAGUGUUCUGGGUCAGCAGUCAGCUCUAUUCAAUACUGACCCUGUGUUGAUAAUGUGUCCUUCCUCCACUCUGCUCUGUGUUCUGUGGAUCUCUCUCACCAGCAGAGUUUCCUCCCAGAGGCUGAUGGGAACUUGUCAUCUCCCUCUGGCUGUUACAUUCCCACCAUCAAUCCACGAUCAGUGUGAUUACUGGAUCACACUAAUUAUCCAGGCAAUAAAUCUGACCGCCAGCAAUGAACAAUUGGAAGCUGAAAUGCAGGACCAGAUGAACAUUCAGCAGAGAUACGUGAAACUGCAGGCGCUGGAAUCUGGAACAACAACAGGAAGAUGGAGGAAUCUCCAGUGGGUCGAGCAGCAUCUGUGUUGGUGGGGGUGGGGGUAAAGGAAUUGUUGACGCUGGGUCAAGAUCAUGUAUUAGAACUGAUAGAGGUGUCCUCAGCACAGGGACCUGACCCAAAAUGUCGACAAUUCCGUUCCUACCACAGAUAUUGCUUCAUCCACAGAGUUCCUCCAGCAGGUUAUUGCUUUAUACAAGAUGAGUGAAUAGUUUUAGCUAAUAGAUUUGUUAAGUAACAUAGAUGCUACAUUUAACCACAAUAUAACUUUAUGAACAAAUCAGUAAUCUUACCAAUUAUCCAAAGCAAUGUAACUACAAUAAUAAGAAUCAAUAUAUUUAGGUGUGGAUGAACUUACGUUUGUAGAUAUUGGAUCCUCAUCCCACUACAUGGAAGCGUGGAUUUAAAUACUAGCAGUUUGUGUAUGCUGGUAAAUCUGUGAAACUUCAAUAAAGGUCUGGUAUGA